GCUUCAUGGACGGAUGUGUAAACUUUCAAUACAGGUCUUUCCUCUAUCACUAAUUCCUGCAGGAGAUGACUUAAUAUCUCACUGAUAAUAAGGACAAAGGUCAAGUCGUCCAUGCAAGGACACCAGGCUAGGAGGGCGGCAAGACUCAGCUGGCCGCUGGUGUGUUAAUAAGAUGACAUCCAUGAACAAGGGCAAUGAAGAGAAGACGCAGGGAGCGAACAGGAAGCAGCUCCUGGAGGAACUGAACGAGAAGCGUGAGUCCUACUGCCUGGUGGAAAGAAGCAACGAAGUCAGCCUGCUGAGAGUUCAGAAGAGGCACUUCAGCAAGGCCUACCAGACCUUAGCUUGCACGCAUAUCAAAGAAUCGGUUCCCGAAAGUACCAGGACCUCCUGGGUCAAACAUGAUCUCUCUGUGCACAAGGAGAAAAGGCACUUUCUGCCAAAAAAUAAUGCCAUAUUUGGAUGAAGUAUAUCUCCAGAGACACACAAAUAAACCCUCUUUCAUC